GUUUUGUUCUUUUUAAAGAGAGCUGCAGAAGCCAUAAUCAUAACCUAUCACAAACCACACAGACUAAAUAAUGAUGAUACCAAGCCAAUCGUAUUCCUUUUAUGGUAUUGUUUUUACCAUGCAUUUCUUUUUUUUGUUUUCCUUUGUUCUACAUACUUUUGCUUCUCCUACGCUCCACCGUUGCCGCCAUGAUCAGAGGGAUGCUCUUCUGGAGUUCAAACACGAGUUUCCGGUAAAUGAAUCCUACCAAAAUGCUAAAGACAUGAGUUCAUGGAACAAGAGCAGUGAUUGUUGUUCUUGGGAGGGUGUCAAAUGCGACGUUAGAUCUGGCGAGGUGAUUUCACUUUACCUUGAUAACGUCUUUCUCAACAACACUUUGAAACCAAAUAGUGGUCUUUUCAAACUCCAUUAUCUUCAACACUUAACCCUUUUGUCUUGCAACCUUCUUGGGGAGAUUCCUUCUUCAUUAGGAAACCUUUCUCAUCUCACGUAUCUUGACUUUUCUUAUAAUGAAUUAGUAGGUCAAGUUCCAACUUCAAUUGGAAACUUGACCCAACUAACCUCAUUGAGCCUUGCGAGAAACAAUUUAAGUGGCAAAAUUCCGAUUUCAUUUUCCAAUCUUACGAAAUUGGUCACACUUCAUCUCAACAAUAAUUACUUUGAAUCCAAGCUCCCAACUGACAUGAGUGGACUCCAAAACUUGGAGGUUUUUUUUUGUGAUGGAAACUCAUUUUUUGGGCCUUUCCCUACGUCCCUGUUCAUGAUUCCUUCGUUACAAGUUGUUAGUAUUGUGAGAAACCAAUUCAACGGACCCUUAGAGUUUAGGAAUACAUCUUCAUCAUCUAAGCUUCUUGGUCUAUUCACUUCUCAUAACAAAUUAGAUGGUCCAAUCCCUGAAUCUAUAUCUAAUUUUCUCAAUCUCGUUACAUUAGACCUUAGUUACAAUAGUUUCAUUGGACCAAUCCCCACAUCUAUAUCACAGUUAGUUAAGCUCUCUUAUCUUGAUCUUUCCAACAAUAAGCUAGAAGGCAAAGUACCAAGUUGCUUAUGGAGAUUGGCAGUGUUGAAGCUUUCUCAAAACUCUUUUCGCAGUUUUGAAAAAUCAUCAGAAGUUGUCGAUCGACCACAAAUGCGUGAGUUGGGUCUUGAUUCGAAUACAUUCCGAGGACCAUUUCCCCAUUGGAUCUGCAAGUUUACAUCGAUAGAUCUCUUAGAUUUGUCCAACAAUAGCUUUAGUGGCUUGAUUCCUCCAUGUUUAAAGAAUAUCACCCAUCUUCUUCAAGUGCUUAAUCUCCAAAACAACAACUUCAGUGGAAUUCUUCCUGAUAUUUUUGUCAACGCUGCCAAUUUACACUCACUUGACAUUAGCCGCAACCGCUUGGAGGGAGAGUUUCCACAGUCUUUGAUCAAUUGCAAAGCUAUGAAACUUUUGAAUGCGGAAAGCAACAACUUCAAGGACAAGUUUCCAUUUUGGUUGGCUUCUCUUCCAUUUUUAAACGUCAUCAUCCUCCGAUCAAACCAAUUCUAUGGGCCCUUAUAUCAGCCCCAAGUCCCCAUUGGGUUCCAAUAUUUAAAAGUCAUUGAUGUCUCACAUAAUGAUUUCAUUGGAACCUUCCCAGAUUUCUACUUUUCCACUUGGCUAGGGAUGACCGCAUUAAAAGCAGAAUAUGAUGACACAUAUAUGGAAGAAUUCAUGGAUUUUACUGCUUCUUACCGUAAUUCAAUGGAAAUAGUACAUAAAGGAGUAGACACAGAAUUUGAGGGGAUCCGAAAAGACUUCGUAGCCAUUGACUUUUCGGGAAACAGAUUUUGUGGAAGAAUCCCUGAAUCUAUUGGAUUGUUGAAGGGGUUGCGUCUUCUCAACUUGUCAAGUAAUGCAUUCACGAGCGACAUACCUAAAUCAUUGGCUAGUUUGACAAACCUUGAGGCACUAGACCUAUCACAAAAUCAGCUAAUAGGUCAGAUUCCUCGAGAUCUUGGAACACUCUCCUUUCUAUCAACAAUGAACUUCUCCCACAAUAAUCUCGAAGGUCCAAUACCACAAGGCACACAGUUUCAAAGCCAAAAUUGUUCAUCAUUCAUGGACAACCCCAAACUCUACGGUCUCGAUGAAAUCUGUGGAAAAAGGCAUGUCCCGAAUCUUACACCACAAGGAUCGAAGGAAUUGCGGGAGCCUAAAGAAGAAGUGAUUAACUGGAUAGCAGCGGCAAUAGCAUAUGGACCUGGUGUUUUUUGCGGAUUGGUGAUUGGACAUAUAUUUGUUUCACACAAGCAUGAUUGGUUCAUGGAAACGUUUCGUAGAAACAAGCCUAGAGUAGUCAUCAGAAGUGCUCGUUGAACACUUUCUCUUGUCCUUUUACGCAUUUGUCAAGUUUGUUAGAAUUUUCCAUUAGCGUUCUCCAAUAACUCGUUUGUGUUUGUAAUUUUCUGUUUUAUGGUUUUUUGUAAUAAACGUCUUUGACGGAUGUGUGGGAUCAAGAAUAUUAUUAUAUGCAUUGAAUCUUUCUUACGAAGA